CCGGCGCUUAUCAAGUAUGUCUACAAAGCCAAUGUACUUGACUACUCUGCGACUCAGUAUGUGGAGGCCUAUAUUGCGCUGAUUGACGAGCUCCGCUCUCGGGGAGUGACGCCCAAGAAAGUUGCUGACCACUCAAGCGAAGUUAUUACAGCGGUGUACUGCGCUGGAGCGCACACGCAACGUGGUGCCGUCGCCAUUGCUUACAUCAGAGGCAAGGAUUCCUCUGGCCUGGCCGGUCUCAAGGGCGGCAUCAUGGCUGUGGGAUGCUCCUAUGAUCAAGAUCAAGCACGAUCGUUUCUCGCGCAGAAUGAAGAAAAUAUUGGCGGUGUCACUACGGUGAUCUGUGUGGACUCUCCGAUCAGCGUCACCAUUUUGGGUGCCUCAGCCGCUUUCAAAAACCUGCGAACCAUCCUCAAGAAGGAGAGCAUGUUUGCUGAUAUCCUUUAG